AUGACCGGAUCCUUGACCGAGCCAAUUGUCACACCUUCGCUAUCUGCAACAGACAUAACCUCUUCCACCCUUCCCACCUCCACCGGUGUUGUAGAACCACCCGGACGAUCUGUCAUCUUCCUCGUCCAGGCACCCAGUAACCAAAAACGCGAUAUUAAGAAACGAGAAAUCGGAGGCUUUGUCGGCGCUGAUAACCCAGAUGUUUGUACCUUUGCUUUGACCUUCAACUUGGCCGAAGGUCAGCUGUUCGUUAACGGUUUACCGACGUCUUAUGUUGGUGAGGAUUACAAGGCGCUGGGUGUCCAAGAUGAAGACUCUUUUGUCCAGGGCUCCAUUACGAAAACCUUUGGAACUACUGGCCGAACACUCUUUUUCAAGAACUCGGGCCUACCAAAUGGUGAGGCAGGUUUCUGUCAGGACUCUAGUGGCCAAGUAUACAUCACCUUUAGUGCUAGUCCUCCUGGAUGCGUUCCAGUUACUCUGGGUGUCUAUGACGUUACGCAAUGUCAAAAUAGUCAGCUUGUGGGUUUUGAGACUUCAACUUCCGCUUUACCAGUCACAUCUGAGGAAACGACACUUGAGCCAACAACAUCUGAG